AUGCCGCUGCUGGUGAUGCUCGGUGCCUAUGCCAAGAUCCUGCUGGUGGUGAGGAAGAGAGCUGCCUCCAUCAGGGACGCUGGCAGGAAGCCGAGCAUCCAAGCAGAUCCCAGCUCCGGUGGGGGAGGAGGAGGAGGGGGAGGCGGAGGCGACCAGAAGCGACUCGUGGCGGGGGCGGCGGCGACACAACCGAAGGACGACAAGCAGGAGCAGAAAUUGAAACGGGAGAUGAAGGCUGUGUACACGCUACUCAACAUUGUGGUGAUCUUCCUCCUGUGCUGGGUGCCCUUCUACAUCCUCUUCGUGCUGAGUGCCUGGUUCCCGACCCUCUUCCCCCCCUGGUACGUCACGUUCAGUUACUGGAUGGCUUACAUCAACUCUGCCGUCAACCCGAUCCUCUACCCGCUGUCCUCGCCGGAGUUCCGUCAGGCCUACAAGAAGGUGAUCCUCGCCAUGAUCGGCCGAGCUUAGGGUGUUGAUGCUGCUACCGUCUACAAGUACCCAUGCCUCCUCCAACACCACCAUGCCACCGCCACCAGUACGCCAUUGCCAUAACCCAUACUAGUAAACCAGGUGUUGAUGUCGCCACCGUCUAUUCUCUGCCUCUACUACCGCCAUAAACACUACCACUGUCAUAACAAACAGAUGUCACUGCUGUCCACUCCUGCCACAUCCACCACCACGACAGUACCAUAACUACUACUAUUACUACUACACUAAAACGACCUCUCACUACCACCACCCUCCCUGCUACCACUAACGAAGUAACCAGAACGAUGAUACGGUCGACCGCCACCAUAACAACUCGUUUACCAAAACGAGUACCAUACAUCACCCUAACUAUUACUACUACAACUACUACAGACCAUGAUUGAUAACAUGUAAUAAGGACAAUGAGCGCGCCACCCACCACAACCACAACACAACCACUAUAAUAUAAUCUCCAAAACAAUGCCUACAACUACUAUUACCUUCGUUGUUACUACUACUACUGACCACCAUUAAUAACGAGGUAUAUAACAAGGACGAUGAGCGUUAAUCACCACCACCACCACCACCACUUGGAACUACUGUGGUUGUUGCUAAGUUCGUUACAUCUUCAAUACCAAGCAAACCUAACCUACACUUCACCUACACCACUACCUCCAGCAGCACCACCACCACCACCACCACGUCCCGCCAUCUGAAGACCACUUAUGUACACCACACUAAUAAGCGCCCACACCCACUACCCGUGCUCUCCACCAGUCUGCCUCCUCCCCACCACCACCGCAAACAGCACCGCCUUUGCUAACACACGCCCACACUAUCACCACAACCUCUACCCGUUUCUCCUCCACUUCACUCACCACUGUAUC